ACAAGCUAUAACGGGCCUCCAAUAGAUUAUCGAGCCCUUUGCCCUCCAUACAGCGUUGUCGUGGAGGUUAUUUUUACUUUGUCGCGGUCCUUUUUGGAAAAUGAUGGCACAGAGUCUGCUGCUGCUGUUGAUGGUGGUCGGCACUACCACGGGGAGGAGGCUAACGUCCUUUGAUCAUGACCCUCACGACUUUCUCAUCAGCACUUAUGAUGACAUCAAGGACCUCUUUUUCAAUCUUGACGAAGGGGAGUCGUGCCUGAGCAGCAUGCAGUGUCAGCCGGAGAUGUGCUGUCAGAGGGACACGUUCCUCCUGGGAUCCCGGACCUGCAGGAAAUAUUCUAAGAGGGGCGAGCCUUGCCAAUUACCGCACCCGUACGAUCUGUACUACGCAUGCCCGUGCAAGGCUGGUUUGAGGUGCAUGGUGUCCAACCCUGACUCCAUCUCCUCCGUCCUCAACUCCGAGAUCGGCGUGUGCGCGGAGGGAGAGGACCCUGACCCGAUCUUCACCGGGCGCUGAAAACAACAUCACCAGGACGGCACCGCCCCUGUGGUAUUGCCAAAAAAACUCGCUGUGAAAUUCUGUCCACGUUUAUGACAAGGGUCUGUCAUCUGCACAAUUAAAAUCACCGCUCAAGAAAUUUUCCUUCUUCA